AUGGUGAGCGGCUCCAAGGAAAUCCGUAGGCAGCCAAAGCCAGUGGACAGGCUCACCGAGGACCUCCUCGUCCAGAUCCUGUCUCGCGUGCCGUACAAGUCGCUGUGCCGCUUCAAAUGUGUGUCCAGGAGCUGGCGCAGCAUCAUCUCCCACCCCGACCACCGCAAGGUGCUGUCGCAGUACCAUCUACAAGACCUCGCCGGCUUCCUCUACAGCACCCAUGACCACAACUUCAGCUUUGUUCACAAUUUUGCCACUGUCUCAUUGGGAGGCCGGCCUAUUAUCAACCCUUCUCUCCCCUUCCUGCCUAACUGUGGGUUGUUUAACAUCGCGGACAGUUGCAAUGGCCUCCUUCUCUGCCGCUGCUUCGCCACUACUGAUUCGCUGGCAUUUACUUACGUCGUGUGCAAUCCUGCCACUGAGAAAUGGGUCGUCUUGCCCGGCUGGUUCAAAAAGAUACCAACAGCUCGCUUGGGGUUUGACCCUGCUGUCUCCUCACACUUCCAUGUGUUUCAGUUUGUGGAGUACGGUGUUCCUAAUUCGGAUGGGCUUAUGGAUGCUCCUGAUGUCCGUGGCGAUGGACACGUCCAAGGGGUUGAGAUCUACUCCUCCAAAACUGGGGUCUGGAGUCACAAGGACAACGGUUUGGAAUUGGUACCUAGGAUAGUUAGUGAUUCUAAAAGUGUCUUCGUUAAUGGUUUUCUGCAUUUGCUUGCCAUGGAGUUUUUGGUGCUCGCAGUGGAUGUGGAGGGAACCACUUGGAGGGUGAUUCCUCUGCCACACGAUGACUAUGAGGAUGCUCUUUUCAUAAAUACUAAUGCCGGAUUCAUUGAUCUGUCACAGGGGUGUUUGUAUUUUGCAAAUAGUGAUGACUAUGAGGAAUGUAAACUGUCAAUCUGGGUUCUUGAAGACUACAGCAGUGAAGUAUGGGUCCUGAAGCACAAUGUUAGGUAUUUGAAUCUAUUUGGAGUGAAUGUCUAUCUGGGACAAUACUAUCAUAUUGUCGCGAUCCACCCAGAACGAAGCACGAUUUUCCUAGUUUAUGGGCAUGGCAAAGUACUGAUGUCUUAUGAGAUGGACAGCGGGAAAGUGCAGUUUAUCCAUGAUCUUGGUCAUGUUACCGAUGGACCUUAUCUAGUUCCAUAUGUUCCCUUGUACUCCGAGUCAUUGGCAGAUGGGUACUGAUAAUCUGGUUCACCUAUCACAGUUCUUACUUCGUCAACCUUUCAGAUGAUAUCAGAGUUAUGAGCCUCUCACCAGGGCCUUGGCUGGAUCCUUCUAGGCUUUCUAUGCUGUGCACUUCUCGUUAGUUCUUGAGUGUACUCUGUAACAUCAGUUUAUGAUGCUAUCUAUUUCAGUUAACUUUGUAACGCCAGCUGCUUGUCUUAUGUAAACAUACGUGUUUAUGGUUGCUAGUAGCAUAUGGGUAGCAGCCUAACUUUGUGUAGUUAUUGUUUUGUUGUACCAUGAUUCAUGUUUGUAAUGUUGAGAUUAUUGUG